AUGACAGAUAUCGUGCCCAAGGGUAUGGCGAAGGCGGCGUACGGCCAACUAAGGCGUGUGGUUCGUGUGUCCCCAUCACCGCUCCCGAAACACGUCAGGAUGUUCGCUGACGUAAUCCAGUCGAAUGUCGCAGGCAGAAGCAAAAUCGAAUGCGUCUUCAAGCCUCGAGCCAACGCGCGACAACCCACCGCGACAGUCUCCCCAAAAGCUUUACCGCCGCAUGGAUCAUCUCCACCCGAGGUUCUGGCCCGGUUGGCAGCUAUUGAAGCUGUACUGGGUAUGAAUGGAAACAAUCAUCCCAUAAGCCCCAGUUCCGGCACAGUCAUCUCCACCAGUCCUGUGAACACGACUAAUGCCGAAGAGGAAGAUCAAGGCGAUCCGACACUUGGUGGAUUGUGGCCAGCCGUUGAAUUCCUGAGAAGAAGAAACGUGUCUGCCACGAACAGAAUCUGGUCUAGAUCUGUUGUUUCGCAGCUCUGGCUUUCGUGA